UUGAAAGACUCCAAAGUUAUCCACUGUCAAUGAUUAGCUGUGCUGUCUUUCCAAGAGUGCAGGGAUUGUGAAGUUGUUUUCUUGAGUUACCGUGCUCUCUUCCAAGGCUGUAGGAAUUCUGGAGCUGCUGGCUGGAGAGGAGGGUGGUCCAAGCUCUCCCCAGAAAGACCUCCAGAGAGGACUUGGCAGGUCUGAACAUGCAUUGGCUGCGAAAAGUUCAGGGACUUUGCACCCUGUGGGGUACUCAGAUGUCCAGCCGCACUCUCUACAUUAAUACUAGGCAACUGGUGUCCGUGCAGUGGGGCCACCAGGAAGUGCCGGCCAAGUUUAACUUUGCUAGUGAUGUGUUGGAUCACUGGGCUGACAUGGAGAAGGCUGGCAAGCGACCCCCGAGCCCAGCCCUGUGGUGGGUGAAUGGGAAGGGGAAGGAAUUGAUAUGGAAUUUCAGAGAAUUGAAUGAAAUCAGCCAACAGGCAGCCAACGUCCUCUCGGAAGCCUGUGGCUUGCAGCGUGGGGACCGUGUGGCAGUGGUGCUGCCCCGAGUGCCUGAGUGGUGGCUGCUGAUCUUGGGCUGCAUUCGAGCAGGUCUCGUCUUUAUGCCUGGAACCAUCCAGAUGAAAUCCACCGACAUACUGUAUAGGUUGCAGAUGUCUAAGGCCAAGGCUAUCAUUGCUGGGGAUGAAGUCAUCCAAGAAGUGGACACAGUGGCAUCUAAAUGCCCUUCUCUGAGAAUUAAGUUACUGGUGUCUGAGAAAAGCUGGGAUGGGUGGCUGAACUUCAAGAAACUAUUAAACGAGGCAUCCACCACUCAUCGAUGUGUAGAGACUGGAAGCCAUGAAACAGUUGCCAUCUACUUCACUAGUGGGACCAGUGGGCUUCCCAAGAUGGCAGAACAUUCCCACUCAAGCCUGGGUCUCAAGGCCAAGAUGGAUGCUGGUUGGACAGGCCUGCAAGGCUCUGAUAUAAUGUGGACCAUAUCAGACACAGGUUGGAUACUGAACAUUAUAACCUCACUUUUGGAAACUUGGACAGUAGGAGCAUGCACAUUUGUUCAUCUCUUGCCAACGUUUGACCCACUGAUUAUUCUAAAGACGCUCUCCAGCUACCCAAUCAAGAGCAUGAUUGGUGCCCCCCUUGUUUACCGGAUGUUGCUACAGCAGGAUCUUUCCAGUUACAAGUUCCCCCAUCUACAGAACUGCCUCAGUGGAGGGGAUUCCCUUCUUCCAGAAAUUCUGGAGAACUGGAGGGCCCAGACUGGACUGGACAUCCGAGAAUUCUAUGGCCAGACAGAAACGGGAUUAACUUGCGUAGUUUCCAAGACGAUGAAAAUCAAACCAGGAUACAUGGGAAUAGCUGCUCCCCAUUAUGAUGUACAGGUCAUAGAUGAUAAGGGCAACGUCCUACCCCCUGGCACAGAAGGAGACAUUGGCGUCAGGGUCAAACCCAUCAAGCCUAUAGGCAUCUUCUCUGGCUAUGUGGACAAUCCCGAGAAGACAGCAGCCAACAUUCGAGGGGACUUUUGGCUCCUUGGAGAUCGGGGAAUCAAAGAUGAAGAUGGAUAUUUCCAGUUUAUGGGACGGGCAGAUGAUAUCAUUAACUCCAGCGGGUACCGGAUUGGACCCUCAGAGGUAGAGAACGCGCUGAUGGAGCACCCUGCUGUGGUUGAGACGGCUGUAAUCAGCAGCCCAGACCCCGUCCGAGGAGAGGUGGUGAAAGCAUUUGUGGUCCUGGCCUCGCAGUUCCUGUCCCAUGACCCAGAACAGCUCACCAAGGAGCUGCAGCAGCAUGUGAAGUCAGUGACAGCCCCAUACAAGUACCCAAGAAAGAUAGAGUUUGUCUUGAACCUGCCCAAGACUUCCACAGGGAAAAUUCAACGAACCAAGCUUCGAGACAAGGAGUGGAAGAUGUCUGGGAAAGCCCGUGCGCAGUAAUACAUCUAGGAGGCAUUCAUUUGGAUUCCCCUCUUCUUUCUCUUUCUUUUCCCUUUGGGCCUGCGGCCUUACUGUGAAGAUAUGAUAUUCUUUAUGAAAGAACAUGAAUGUAAUUUUUGUCUUGCCUUGGUUAUUAACACAAAACAUUACCAUGUUAGAUGUUGAAAGAAGAAACGGAAGGAAUGAGAGAGAGUGAAAAGGAGAGGGUAACAGAAAAA